GCUUCUCCCACACCCCUGAGCUGCGCUCGGUCUCGGACUCGGUCCUGCAGCGCCUCUAGGCUGCGGAUCCGCGCUCCAACCACCUGCUCCACGCUGCGUCCAGGCAAGCGGGGAGGAGACGAGAGGGAGGGAGGAGGCGGGUGGGAGGAGGAGAGAGGCAGCUUACACACGCCUCCCAGUCCCUCCACUCAGAGCAGCCCGGAGACCGCUGCCGCCGCCGUCGCCGCUGCCGCUGCUGCCACCUGAGGAGACCCGCGGCCCCUGUCGCCACCCCCGGCGACUCCUCCUCCCUAGCACUGGGCUUUUUGUGCACACCGCCACUACCAUUCUCAUUAGCAUUCCGAGAGAAGGAAAAUAAGAUACCAGCCAAAAAGAACCACGUACACCUUUCCGAAUUACUCAAGUGUCUCCCGGAAAGAGAGGGUCGCCGGUCCCCGGAGAAGCAGCCGAAGGGACCCGGGGCGGGUGCUGACCGGGCGGGAGGAGGAGUUGGGGGCGUCGCGUGGUGGAAAGUUGCGUGCGGCGGAGACCCGGAGGCGCAGCGCCGGAGCCCGGGGGACCGAGUGUCGGGGAGACGACGCUGCCCCCUGCGUCGGGACCCGCCAGCGCGCGGGCACCGCGGGGCCCGGGACGACGCCCCCUCCUGCGGCGGGGACUCUGCCAGUGGCCCGCGAAGAAGGAGGAGGAAUAUGGAACCCACGGCAGCCCCCUCCUGCCGCCUGCUCUUCUGCCUCUUGAUCUCCGCGGCGGCGCUCAGGCCAGGUCUUGGAUGGUAUACUGUAAAUUCAGUAUAUGGAGAUACCAUUAUCAUGCCUUGCCGACUCGAUGUACCUCAGAAUCUCAUGUUUUGCAAGUGGAAAUAUGAAAAGCCCGAUGGCUCCCCAGUAUUUAUUGCCUUCAGGUCCUCUACAAAGAAAAGUGUGCAGUACGACGACGUACCAGAAUACAAAGACAGAUUGAGUCUCUCAGAAAACUACACUUUGUCUAUCAGUAAUGCAAGGAUCAGUGAUGAAAAGAGAUUUGUGUGCAUGCUAGUAACUGAGGACAACGUGUUUGAGGCACCUACAGUGGUCAAGGUGUUCAAGCAACCAUCUAAACCUGAAAUUGUAAGCAAGGCCCUUUUCCUUGAAACAGAACAGCUAAACAAGUUGGGUGACUGCAUUUCAAAAGACAGUUAUCCAGAUGGCAAUAUUACAUGGUACAGGAAUGGGAAAAUGCUGCAACCCCUUGAAGGAGCGGUGGUCAUCAUUUUUCAAAAGCAAAUGGACCAAGUUACUCAGCUCUAUACUAUGACUUCCUCCCUGGAAUACAAAACAACCAAGGCGGAUAUACAAAUGCCAUUCACCUGUUCAGUGACAUAUUAUGGACCAUCUGGUCAGAAAACAGUUCAUUCUGAACAAGCAAUCUUUGAUAUUUACUAUCCUACGGAGCAGGUGACGAUACAAGUGCUGCCACCAAAAAAUGCCAUUAAAGAAGGGGAUAACAUCACUCUUAAGUGCUUAGGAAAUGGCAACCCUCCCCCAGAGGAGUUUUUGUUUUACUUACCUGGACAGCCCGAAGGAAUAAGAAGCUCAAAUACUUACACACUGACAGAUGUGAGGCGCAAUGCAACUGGAGACUACAAGUGCUCCCUGAUAGACAAAAAAAGCAUGAUUGCUUCAACAGCCAUCACAGUUCACUACUUGGAUUUGUCCUUAAACCCGAGUGGAGAAGUGACCAAGCAGAUUGGUGAUGCCCUGCCUGUAUCAUGCACAAUAUCUGCUAGUAGGAAUGCAACUGUGGUAUGGAUGAAAGAUAACAUCAGGCUUCGAUCUAGCCCAUCGUUUUCUAGUCUUCAUUAUCAGGAUGCUGGAAACUAUGUCUGUGAAACUGCUCUGCAAGAGGUUGAAGGACUAAAGAAAAGAGAGUCACUGACUCUCAUUGUAGAAGGAAAACCUCAAAUUAAAAUGACAAAGAAAACUGAUCCCAGUGGACUGUCUAAAACAAUAAUCUGCCACGUGGAAGGUUUUCCAAAGCCAGCUAUACAAUGGACAAUUACCGGCAGUGGAAGCGUCAUAAACCAAACAGAGGAAUCUCCUUAUAUCAAUGGCAGGUAUUAUAGUAAAAUAAUCAUUUCCCCUGAAGAGAAUGUUACACUAACUUGCACAGCAGAAAACCAGCUGGAAAGAACAGUAAACUCCUUGAAUGUCUCUGCUAUAAGUAUCCCAGAACACGAUGAGGCAGACGAGAUAAGUGAUGAAAACAGAGAAAAGGUGAAUGACCAGGCAAAACUAAUUGUGGGAAUCGUCGUUGGUCUCCUCCUCGCUGCCCUCGUUGCUGGUGUUGUCUACUGGCUGUAUAUGAAGAAAUCAAAGACCGCAUCAAAACAUGUAAACAAGGACCUUGGAAAUAUGGAGGAAAACAAAAAGUUAGAAGAAAACAAUCACAAAACAGAAGCCUAAGAGAGAAUCUGUUCUAGUGGUUCAGGAUCUCAUACUGAUUGGGUGAAAGAAGUCAGAACUGGAUUCCCUCUCCUAUCUUGCCUCCCAUUGACUGUCGAGUAUGCAGCUCUGCCACGUGACUUUUUCUUCCUCCUUCUCUGGGGUUCCUGCCCCAUGCUUUGUAAACAUAGAUGUUACCUUCUGUUUUCUUCAAUAUUGGGUGGAGUAAAUUCUCAUUGGAAAGUUGUACUUGAAGACAAGUCCCACAAAGUAGUGUGUGAUUUGAAGGGAUGAGUUUGUUUUUUUGAACUCUCAAAAAUUCCAGAAAAUUAUUUGUAGAAGAGAUGCAGCCACGUCGGGGAUUACAGAUGGACUCAGGGACAAUGGAGUUUCAUAAAAUGCUGUCCUCUAAAGCAAUUCCGUCACUUUUAGUACAAAGUAUCUGUUGAUGGUAGAAAAUUAUUGCUUGGUAACUUAUCUAAAUUAUGUCUUUUUUCAUCAUUUCAGAGAAAAAAAAACCUAUAGACCAAUUGAAGCAUGAACGUGGAUUGUAUUUAAGACAUAAAAAAGACAUUGACAGCAAUUCAUGGUUCAAGUAUUAAGCAGUACAUUCUACCAAGCUGUCACAGGAUUUUAGAGAAUUAUCUCAAGUAAAACAAUGAAAUGAAAUUACAAACAAUAACAACAAGUUUUGGCAGCCAUGAUAAUAGGUCAUAUGUUGUGUUUGGUUCGAAUAUUUUUUUUUUCUGUAAAUGUCUGCACUGAGGAUUUCUUUUUGGUUUGCCUUUUAUGUAAAUUUUUUACGUAGCUAUUUUUAUACACUGUAAGCUUUGUUCUGGGAGUUGCUGUUAAUCUGAUGUAUGAUGUAAUGUUUUUAUUUUAAUUGUUUAUAUGGAUAAUCUGAGCAGGUAUAUCUCUGAUUCUGAUUGCUAUCAGUAAUGCCCCAAACUUUCUCACAAGCACCUAAAACCCAAAGGUGGCAGCUUGUGAAGACUGCGGACACACACAUUGUCCUAUUCAAAAACUGUGGUUUUUAUCACAGAGGCAGGGAGUCAGAUUGAUAAGCACCCUGUGGGCCGAUUCUGUGCCUGUGCCACCAGCUGACUCUCAUGGACACAUGCAUACAUAAUGGUACUCCCCAAACUGACAACUUUCCUGUUCUGAAAAAGACAUGAAACAGAAUUUGGGUAGCACUCACCUCUACAGACACCUGCUUGAAAAUUACUUUCUGUCAAAAGAAAAAAAAAACAAACCAGUGUGUGAGAGACAGUUUGGAAAAAUCAUAGAUAACAUUCCCAUUUUCAUAGAUCACAAGGUAAAUCACUGUAUUUACAAAUUGGUGUUAAAUCCUUUGGGUUAUCCACUGCCUUAAAAUUAUACCUGUUUCCUUUAAAUAAAAAAAAAAAAAGAUAUCAAUCAGAAUUGGAGUUUUUAACAGUGGUCAUUAUCAAAGCUGUGUUAUUUUCCACAGAAUAUAGAAUAUAUAUUUUUUUCGUGUGUGUUUUUGUUAACUACACUACAGAUAUUGAAUGCACCUUGAGAUAAUUUAGUGUUUUUAACUGAUACAUAAUUUAUCGAGCAGUACAUGAAAGUAUAAUAAUAAAAUGUCUAUGUAUCUUUAGUUACAUUCAAAUUUGUAACUUUAUAAACAUGUUUUAUGCUUGAGGAACUUUUUAGGGUGGUAGUAUAAAUGGAAACUUUUUGAAGUAGACUGGAUAUGGGCCAAUAGCUACUUGUGACUAGACUUUUAAACUUUGCUCUUUCAAGCAGAAGCCUGGUUUCUGGGAGAACACUGCACAGCCAUUUCUGUCCCAGGAUUUACAUAACUUCAAGGCAAAAAAAAAAAAAUGAGCAUCAGAUUUCUAGGUAUCGAACUAUGUUCUUUAAGAGGAAAAGGAAAACUGGUGUUUGUUUUUUAGACUCAUGAAAUAAAAUUAUGAAGACAAUGAAAAAUAAAUUGAAAAUUAAGGUCGGAUGGAGAUUAGGAAUAAUAUUUUGCCACUUCUGCAUUAUUUAGAAACAUAUGUUAUUGUACAUUUGUAAACCACUUGUCUGGGCAAUAGUGACUCCGUUAAAUAAAAGCUUCCUGUAGUGCAUUGGUAUGGAUUAAAUGCAUAAAAUGUUCUUAGACUCGAUGCUGUAUAAAAUAUUAUGGGAAAAAAGAAAAUAUGUUAUUUUGCCUCUAAACUUUGAUUUAUUGAAGUUUUAUUUGGCAGAAAAAAAAUUAAAUCUUGGUCAAUAUUUAAACCAAAGUAAAAGGGGAAAAAAACCAAAGUUAUUUGCUUUGCAUGGCUAAGCCAUUCUGUUAUCUCUGUAAAUACUGUGAUUUCUUUUUUCUUUUCUCUUAGAAUUUUGUUAAAGAAAUUCUAAAAUUUUAAAACACCUGCUUUCCACAAUAAACCAUGAACAUUAAAAUUAAAUUACUUCCAUAUAAAUAUAUAUUUUUUUCUUUUGGUGUGGGAGAUCAAAGGUUUAAAGUCUAACUCCUAAGAUAUAUUUGCAGAAAGAAGCUACAUGGACGAUAGAGAGGGUUAUACUACAAUUAUUUCUUGGCUUCCACUCGCAAUGGUUAACUAAGUCCAAAAACAGCUGUCAGAAUCUAGAGAGCAGAACAUGGAAACUUGGAGCUCUGGACGGAACACUGAUAGUUUGCCGGGAAAAAAAGAGACAAUAUUAUUCCCAUUGCAUCGACGCCUGGAUAAGGAGGAAAGCCUGCUUAUGUAGUGGCAUCCAUAUGCACAGCAAUGCUGGGAGGAAAGUGAGUUCACAAUCCUCAACUUCUGAGGUUUCGUCUCUCCAGUUUAACUCUCUGGCAACUGGAGACAGGUUUUGCCAGUUCAAGGUUCACUCCCUAUAUGUGAUUAUAGGAAUUGUAUGUGGAAAUGGAUUAAUAUACCCGUCUAUGCCUAAAAGAUAAUAAAACUGAAAUGUCUUCACAUAUC